CGCAUAACGGUCCUCUCAAUCACUCUCCGCUGACCUCCAGACAACAAUCACACCAUGUCUGUCACACUACACACCACCCACGGCGACCUAAAGGUCGAACUCUUCUGCGAAGCCGUCCCCAAAACCGCAGAGAAUUUCCUCGCCCUCAGCGCCAGCGGCGCCUACAACACCACCCCAUUCCACCGCUACAUCCCGGGCUUCAUGAUCCAAGGCGGCGACAUCUCCCUCUCCAGCAACCCAAUCAACCCCGACACCCAAAAGCCGCCGCUUCCCAUCGAAGGCCCGAUCCCCAAAGGCGGCACGUCGAUCCACCACCCCUACGCCCUGAACCAGGAGAUCCACCUGCCGGCCCUCAAGCACCACACGCGGGGGAUCCUGUCGAUGGCGUCGCGGCCCGUGAAGGACCGCACGGCGCCGGGGUCCCAGGGCGCGACGGGCCCCACGAUCAACGGGAGUCAGUUCUUCAUCACGCUGGCGGCGGCGCCGCAUCUGGACGGGGCGAGCACGGUGUUCGGGAAGGUGUUGAAUCUGACGGCGCAGGAUGAGGGAGGCGAUGUUCUGGGGCGGUUGGAGAAGGCGAAGAUUAAGGUGGAUAAGAAGGGGAGGAUUGUGCAGCCUUCCCCCCAGGAGGAGGAGGAGGGGGUCUGGGAACGCGUGGGCAUUGAGAGGGUGACUGUGCAUGCUAAUCCUUUUGCGGGGUAGACUUUUUGUGUCUACUUGACUUUGGGUAUUUUUUAAAGAUUUGCCGCGGUAUGGGGAUACUAGUAGGUAAAGGGAUGCGCUUGCUUGAAUGGGCUUUCCGGUUCCUAUGGAUUGGAAGGCUAAAGGGGACAGGAACACUGUUGGGGAUGGGAUUG